GCUCUUAUCUUUAUUUGCUUUGGCUUCCCUCCACAAACCUUUGAAGCAAAAAUAUUUCCACGUUCUGCCAUUUAUUUCCUGCAAUGGCAACUGCUCCAUCUCCAGUAACUUCAAUUUCUCUUCCAAAGUCAAAAUUCAAUCAGAAAUUCUCAAGAACUGAACCCUUAAAUCCACCACAAAAUCCUAUCUCUCUUCUAUCCCAAUGCACCUCGUUGAAAGAACUAAGGCAAAUCCAAGCCUUUGCAAUCAAAACCCAUCUCCAAAAUGACCUCACUUUCCUCACCAAGUUCAUCAAUUUCUGCACCAAGAACCCAACUUCUACCUCCAUGGAAUACGCCCACAAACUGUUUGACAAUAUAUCCCAACCUGAUGUUGUCCUUUUCAAUACCAUGGCCCGUGGGUAUUCACGUUCCAAUACCCCAAUCCAAGCCAUUCCCCUCUUUUCUCAGCUUCUAUCCUCCAGCUUCCUGCCUGAUGACUACACCUUCCCUUCUGUUCUUAAAGCUUGUUCAAGUGCUAAAGCCUUGGAUGAAGGUAAACAAAUUCAUUGCCUUGCCAUUAAACUUGGGUUUAGUCAUAACAUCUACAUAUGUCCCAGCCUUAUUAGUAUGUAUACUGAGUGUAAUGAUGUGGAUUCAGCUCGCAGAGUCUUCGAUAAGAUGUUGGAUCCUUGUGUUAUUUCUUACAAUGCUAUUAUUACUGGUUACGCAAAAUGUAGCAGACCGAAUGAGGCACUGUCGUUGUUUCGUGAAUUGCAAGUUAGAAGUUUGAAGCCUACGGAUGUUACUAUGUUAAGUGUUCUCUCUUGUUGUUCUUUGUUAGGAGCGUUGGAUUUGGGGAAGUGGAUACAUGAAUAUGUUAAAAAACAUGGGUUUGAUAAGUAUAUCAAAGUAAGCACCGCGCUUAUUGAUAUGUAUGCCAAGUGUGGGAGCUUGGAGGAAGCAAUUUGUGUUUUUGAGAACAUGAACAUCAGGGAUACGGCCGCUUGGUCAGCAAUGAUUGUGGCAUAUGCAACUCAUGGGAAGGGUUAUAAAACCAUUGAAACGUUUGAAGAGAUGAGAAAGGAAGGCGUGCAACCCGAUGAGAUCACGUUUUUAGGUCUCUUAUAUGCUUGUAGUCAUAAUGGACUUCUGGAUGAAGGUUGGAGGUUUUUUUAUAGUAUGAUUGAUAAAUAUAGGAUCAUUCCGGGGAUCAAGCAUUAUGGAUGCAUGGUUGAUUUGCUUGCUCGAACAGGACACUUAGACGAGGCUUAUAAGUUCAUUGAUGAAUUGCCAAUCAAGCCUACCCCAAUAUUAUGGCGAACGUUGUUAGCUGCUUGUAGUAGUCACGGUGAUGUGGAAUUGGGAAAGAGGGUGAUUAAACGGAUUUUUGAGCUAGAUGACUCUCAUGGUGGAGAUUAUGUAAUCUUAUCAAACUUGUGUGCAAGAUCUGGGAGAUGGGAAGAUGUGGAUUUCCUAAGGAAAUUGAUGAAAGAUAAAGGGGUGGUAAAAGUUCCCGGUUGUAGCUCCAUAGAGGUGGACAACGUAGUGCAUGAAUUCUUCUCUGGGGACGGGGUGAAUUCUGUUUCAACAUCUCUUCAUAAGGCGCUUGAUGAGUUAAUGAAGGAAUUGAAGAUGGUUGGUUAUGUACCUGAUACUUCCCUAGUUUUUCAUGCGGAAAUGGGAGAAGAAGAGAAAGAAAUUUCACUUCGUUAUCAUAGUGAGAAGUUGGCCAUUGCUUAUGGACUCCUAAACACUCCCCCUGGAUCAACAAUUCGUGUAGUGAAAAACCUACGAGUGUGUGGGGAUUGCCAUGCUACUGCUAAGCUUAUAUCACAUAUCUUUGAUAGGCAGAUAAUACUGCGAGAUGUCCAGCGAUUCCAUCACUUCAGUGAUGGAAAGUGCUCUUGUGGUGAUUUCUGGUGAUAAUUUUGGUCUUUGGAAAAUGCUACGGUUAUGCAGCAUUACUGAAGUCUGAAGCUGCAAGAAGCUUAUCAAUGUUAUAUGAUUCUCAAACUCUUCAACCUUUAAUUAGUUGAGACAAAGGGAAAGCAGGCUGAACGGAGAGAAAGGAAAUGAAGUUGAAGUGUUUAGCCUUGAUUAAUCUUUUAGUCUUACAGUAUCUUGCAACUCUUGGUAUUUCAAAGGGUUUUGAUUUCUUCUACUUUGUUCAACAAGUGAGUCGUCUUAUUUUUA